AGCGAGAAGGUAUGGUCUCAGUCAGUGCACGUGUACGGCCGUGUGACGGACUGUGGGUGGACGUCAAAACGGAAUGAGCAGCCUAGCUAGCUGUAUGUUCUGUGUACGAUACCCGACAGAGCGGCGCAGGCGACCUUUAUGUUUCGCAUCUAGAGUACAGUACUGUAGUACAGUGCAGGCAUUACAUUUCGCACAAAGUCAAAGCAAAGGAUACAACGCCUAAACUUACUAAAGCCCUAAGAGGAUACCAAAAUUCACGGGUUCUGAUGAUGAUCUGAGAAUUGGAGCUGGGUUUGUGAAAAGGAGAUAAAGCUGGAGUCAAGGUUCGUUCUGAAGAAAUCAAAGGACUUUUCUACUCCAAUGGCGUCUGAAUUUAUCUUUGGUGCUGCUGCAGGGGGAGGUCCAAUAAAGGCUUUCGUGCUGAGUGCUAAGGAUCUAGUUGAACACAACCACAAUCAGACAGUGAUACCAUACAGAGACCUGUUUACAUGGCUUUCUACUUUGUUUGAUAGUGCUAAGGAUCUAGUUGAACACAACCACAGUCAGACAGUGAUACCAUACAGAGGGCCUAAAGAGGGACAUCCUGAUGGCAGCAAGAAACAAGACCAACAGGUUGAGCGAAAGCGAGAGCAGAGACAUGAACUUCUGAGGAUCCAAAGAGUAUCAAGACUUGGUACCUUAUCAGUUGGAGAAUGGGAGCCGGAUAAAGAGCUGGUAGUCGUCAAAAAUCACAAGGGCAAGUUUUGGCGAACCAUGGGCUACAUGCUGCAAGGUCAGAAGUACCUCUAUCCUGAAGAAGGCUUGUUUCUUUUAGAAGUGGGUUCAAUGGAGCUGCAAUACGGUGGUACCCCCCUCUCUGUCCAGCGAGCGUACAAUCUCAUGAUCCCGACCUACAUAGACAAGGAACACUACAGAGUAUACUGUAAUCUCAUGCGUCUUGGAUACAUCACUACACGACACAUUGAGUCUGAUGUCACUGAUUAUGAAUAUCGGCUUCGCAUGCACCAGUACCGUCACACCCAGAACUUGGCUUACCACAAGGUACAGGGCUGGUUUCAACAACUCGGGAAUGAUGAACCUAUGAACUCCAUCUGGCCUGACAGCGACUCCAACUCUGAAAGUCUCAGCUCCACGUCCUCCCACCAGAACUGGUACAAACGCAACAGGAUGUCAGCAGGUUACAGCAAUGCCAACACGAACAGCAGCUACGGGAGGGAGCAGUCUGGCUGUGACUCGUCAGAGGUAGGCAGCGCAGGAGAGAUGUCAAGAGCCAUCAAAGCAAGACAGAGAAGUCAUAGAUCUCCGGGGAAAUCAAACAAACAAGCUAACAUGAAAAAUUACAAAACCUGCCAGAAGGAGGAAGAUAAAAGUGGCAUGAACUCUGACAAUGUGGAACGUAGGAAAGAUGCUGGUGAGGGGGAGAGGUGUUCUAAGCCCACCAAGAUGACAGAUGAUGAGGCAUGUACAGGGACGUCUAGAGACUGUAAACAAUCUGAAGGUCAUGAUGGAGAGUCGCCGAUAAAGACUUGUGAGUUUGUUGAACCAAUGGAACCGAUUGAUAGCACCAAACCUUCGAAAGACACUUCUGAUGAGAGUUCUGUGUAUUCUGAUGGUCCUGUUUACCCCGAUGAUGAUACCGGCAAAGGGUCAGGAUUUGAGGACAUGAGUAUCAGUCUAUUAGACUUUCACAAGAGAAGGUUGACUGCAAGCAGUGAGGACAGUUCGAAGAAACGCAAAAAGAUGGAGAUGAGUGGUACUGAAAGCGAUAGCAGCAGAGGAGGAAAAGCAAAAUUCAAUUUCUCUUCACAUCUGAAUGUUUGUCCACCGCUUCCGCCUCACUCUGGGAGAAAAGCUUGUACGCUUGAUGAUAGCGGGAAAGACACACCGAGUGAUCUUGACCAAGAGUCGGCCAAACAUGAUCAGAAUUACAGAUCGUCAAGGAAACGGGUCAAACAGGGCUUGAAGGAAGGCAAGCACCAUGACAGGAGUGUGAGCUCAGAUCUAGGGCUCUCUGACACGGCCUCUGAUACAUCGGUAGAUCUGGAAGAGUUCCUGGACAUGGUGGUUCCGAUGAUGCAAGGAGAACCUGAGGGACCUGAGAUCAAUGACAUCCAGGCCUACCUGGAGUAUUCUCAUUGGAACUUUGAUAAGAUUACUCUACCAGACAUAGCUUCGAGCAUCAAGCCUGCUCACCUUCCGUUCCCUUCCAAGGAGCUGGUCCCUGCAAGCAUCGCUGCCGGGCGUUGCAUUGAUAACGUAGCAACGGUCAAAGAGAAACAGCUGGAGCUCACUAAGCUGUGCAACAACAAUAAGAAGAUCCUGGCCAAGUCUAAGAAGAUUAUUGAUGUUCUUGAGAUCAUUGGUGAUAGGAAGGAGAAGAACCAAGACUCCAAGACUCCUUCUAGUGACACGACCAAGGAACCUGACAAUUGGAAAGAAUACAAGGAGAAGAAACAGCAGGAGGAACAGAACUUGAGUGACUUGAUGACUUCUCCUGUGAGUCAUCUCUGGAGUGGAGCUGUCAAGCCCUUGCUCAAACCAUCAGAUGCUAAAUCAACAGGUCAUGUAUUGAACAAACUGCAGGUCAUUCAGGGAGCAAAUCUGACCUGUGAACAUUCUGGUCAAAGAUUCUCUGCACCAAUCGUAGACUCUAAGAUAGCAUUUGAUGUUUUCCUGCCGGACAAGAAAUACAAGAAGACCAACCCUGGUCAGCCUAACUUCUGUGUGGUUGUGUGCAGUGAAGAAGAUCCUGUCCCUGAGCUUGCUGCUCAGCUAGACUUGCUGAUGAAGGCUGCCCCCGUCCCAUUGGUUUGGGGUGUCGUAGACAAUGCUGACAUCAACUUCUAUACCCUCAAUGACAUCGAGCUCCCUGUCGACAUCACCAUCGGUUGAUAAUGACAUCGAGCUCCCCAUCGACAUCACUAUAGGUUGAGCAUGGAAGGAGAGGAUGGGUUACAUACUGAUUAUAUGAGAGCUUGGAUUUCAGGAAUUUUUGGUACUUCAUGUUCUAGUUGUGCAUAUGUUAUCUCGGCUGAUAUGGAUGCAAGUGAAUUGUUUUUAUCGGUUAUGCUAGCACUAAGCUUGAUUAAAGGCCCACUGUACUACUUGUAGCUACUUGCUCCCUCUAUAUAGAAAACAAUGCCUAAUCGGUGAACAUUGGUCCCCCAUGAUCCUCUUUUUCUUAUGUUAAUUGAGAGCUGAGUUGAUGACCUUCCUGGGUGGUCUAAUCCCUCCUAGCCAAACUAGUACAGAUGGGCUUUAAAGCUCAUGUUAAGAUUUGCAGAUUUAGUGUAAAUAACUGAGAGGAAUUCUAGACCAUGGCUAUGUACCUGUACACUUGACUGUGUGAGGACCCUUCCACCCUGACGGGUCCCCACUCUACAAUCUCAGCACAGACAUAAUGUGUGUGUUUGUGUGUGUGUGUGUCACAGACACAUGACCCUUGCGUAUAUGUGAUGGUGCACAAUGACGUUGUUUCAAUUUUUGUGCUGGGUAAAGCAUAUAGCUGUAAGCAUUUGCCUUGAUUCCAUUCUAUUUCUAAUUCAUCACUUUUAAUAUGUGUAUGGUAUAGAUUAAAUGCACUAUUGUGCAAGCACUCAUUUUUGGAAGGAAUAAUAUUAAUUUUAUUAGAGAUAAUGAGAGAUUUGUUUCAUACAAGGAAAGAAUAUAUUAUAUGUAUGUGAUAUUAUUGUCUAUGUCAUGUGUGUGUGUGUAUUGUGAUAGAAAAAGAAAUUAUAAUGUAAAGUAGUUUAUAUUGCAAUGUCUGUGGCAUUAAAUGCACACUUCAUAUUGAAGUGAAACCUGUGUAUAAAGACUAUUUAAGGGAGACAUGGAAAAAUUUACAAAUAGUA